AAUAACUUGUGGCCAGGAUGGCAGUGCUAUCCAAAUUACAGCUUCUGAAUUCUACGUUAACCUAUAAGAAUUGGUCACCAGCAUUUGUUGGCAUAUUUGGAUGUAUAACUAUUGCAAAGAUAUAUUCUGCAAGCUUCAGAAAUGAAGGAAAAGGAUUAUCCCUGUCAGAGACAGUUGGCUCGGGAGAUGUCAAAAAGGGAAAAACAAAAGCUUCUCUAAAUGCUGAAUUCUUUGCAAAGUUGAAGAAACUUUUGAAAAUCCUAAUUCCUGGACCAUUUUCAUCUGAAGUAUUUUAUAUGAUUGUCAUAGGAUUUGUUCUCCUUGCUCGAACAAUUGCUGAUGUUUACAUGAUUACUAAUGCAACAAGCGUUGAAGCAUCUAUUGUCGAUCGUAGUCCUAUAAUGUUCGCCAUGUCAGUGUUCAAGUAUUUCCUUAAUUUGCCUGCAAUUUCACUUAUCAAUGCUCUUCUCAAGUUCUCAUUGUCUGAGUUGAAACUACGAUUCAGAGAGAAUCUCACCAAGUACUUGUAUGGAAAAUAUCUUGGAGGAUUCACAUAUUAUCAGAUCUCAAAUUUGGAUAGCAGAAUUCAAAAUCCUGACCAACUUCUGACUCAGGAUGUCGAAAAAUUCUGUGAUGGAAUUGUCGAGUUGUAUUCGAAUAUGACAAAGCCGAUCCUAGACGUAUUCCUGUAUGUAUUCAAACUGGGAAGAGCUUUAGGAUGGGAAGGACCUGGACUUUUGUUUGGUUAUUUGAUGGCUUCAAUGGUUGUAUUGACAAAACUCAGAAGACCAAUCGCCAAGCUAACAGUGGAAGAGCAAGUUCUAGAAGGAGAAUACAGAUAUGUGAACUCUCGACUCAUUAUGAAUAGUGAAGAAAUCGCAUUCUAUCAAGGAAAUAAGCCGGAGAAGCAGGCUUUGAUGGGAUCAUUCAACAAUUUGGUUUAUCAUUUGAGAAAGACUAUCAUGUUUAGAUUCACUCUCGGUUUCGUGGACAAUAUUGUUGGAAAAUACAUAACCAAUAUCGUUGGAUGGGUAGCUUGUGCCAAGACAUUCUUUGAUGUCAAUAAUGAAAAGUUCAAUGAAAUGGACAGAAAUGAAUUAAUGCAAGAACUAUACAAUAAUGGAAGAAUGAUGCUGAAAUUGUCGGAAGCACUUGGAAGAUUGGCACUUGCUGGAAGAGAUAUGACUAGAUUAAGUGGAUUCACAACAAGAGUUGAUACUUUGAUGAAGGUUUUGGAUGACAUGAAAGCUGGAAGAUUUGAGAAAGCACAAGUUGCUGAUGAAAGUGGAGAAGAAGGCCAGAGAUUGAUGCUAAAGGCUGGAAGUGGAAAACUGUUGGCUCAGGACAAUAUGAUUAAAUUUGAUGAAGUCCCAUUGGUUACUCCAAAUGGAGAUAUACUCAUUGAAAGUCUUAGUUUUGAAGUUCCAUCUGGAAGAAAUGUUCUUGUUUGUGGUCCAAAUGGAUGUGGAAAGAGUUCUUUGUUCCGAACACUUGGGGAACUUUGGCCAGUUAUGGGUGGAACUUUGACAAAACCUGCAAAAGGAAAAUUAUUCUACGUACCACAAAGACCCUACAUGACUCUUGGAACUCUUCGAGAUCAAGUCAUUUAUCCGGAUACAUCAUUUGAUAUGAAAAUGAAGGGAAUGUCAGACAAGGAUUUAGAGCAGAUGUUAGAAAAUGUUCAAUUAACAAAUAUUCUUGAAAGAGAAGGUGGAUGGUCUGCAGUACAAGACUGGAUGGAUGUACUGUCAGGAGGAGAAAAACAAAGAAUUGCGAUGGCUCGAUUGUUCUACCACAAACCACAAUUUGCAAUUUUGGAUGAAUGUACUUCUGCAGUUAGUGUUGAUGUUGAAGGAGCAAUGUAUCGACUGUGCCGCGAAAUGAACAUCACAUUAUUCACAGUUUCUCACCGAAAAAGUCUGUGGAAAUAUCAUGAAUAUUCACUUUACAUGGAUGGACGUGGAUCAUAUCGUUUCGAACAAAUUGAUGAUCAGUCUGAUCAAUUUGGAUCUUAAUUUCUUCCUAGUUUUUAAUAUUAUUGUCUUCUUUUUGGAGAAUGAUUUCAUGUAAAUAAAGUUUUCUGAUA